UUCUAUUAGCUUUUAUUUAUUUACUGGUUGAAGUGAUCGAUUGCAGGGUUGGGUUUAAAUAAAUCAAUAUCCUGAUUCAAUUACAUCUUGGUUUGAAUGAUCCGACAUUUUAAAGUUAGAGUGAAGAUGUUUUAAAGCUAUGACAUGACUUAUUACAGCGAGGAGGUCUUUCUGCUGGGCCUUAGGCCUGUCGCAUCCAUCAGUGCCUGUGGUGCACUGUUCAUGGCAAGGGUAUCCUCUUCCCUCAGGCAGGCCUAAACCUGACCGCAUACCACAAGGUUUUGCUGCAGGGUCUUCAGCUGGCGACCACCGCUCAUUGACGUUUGACCCUUUCACCCAGAAUAUCUCCUGGUGGUGGGGCAGUGAACAGGGACGUCUCCCUGACACCCCCUGCAGCAAAACCUAAUGGGAUGUUACUCCCCAAGCCUUGUCUCGUCGUUUCAGCCAGAGCCAGUGGCUUGCUUUCUGAGCUUCCUCAGGGAGCUCUUUGGUGGAUCUGCUCAGUGUGGCUCCACGUAGUCCCAGGUCCUUGAGCAGGCGUGAUGUUGAUCUGCCCACAAAGCCUCUGGCUCCCACCUCCACCGGGUACAGCCGCACACUCCAUCCACUUUCUCUGCACUCCACCACCAGGAAGACGUUUCAUGGGACCGUCAGUCGCUUCAUGACAGGUUCUGGGAAGAGCAUGGUGGCCUACCGGCGGCCAGACGGCAGUCUGGUCUACAUCGCUCCAGAACCCAAAGAGGAGGAGGAGCCUCUGUUCAAAGCAAUCCGUGUCGGUGAUGUGAACACAGUGAAAGAGUUGACGAUGCGUCCGGGAACAAACCUGAUGACACCGAGUAAACCUGGCUGGCUCGCCAUACACCAGGCGGCGUGGUACGGUCAGGACACAUGUCUGAGAGUCCUGCUGUCAGCUCAGCGCGGGAUGAUCAACAAGCGGUCGGACCUCGGCGAGACGCCGCUGUUCGUCGCCGUCAGCAACAAGCAGCUGAGAUGCGUUCAGGUGCUGCUGGAAUCCGCAGCAGACGUCAACAUCCAGAACUACGACAAAGAGACGCCACUGUUCAGAGCGUGUGAGCAGAACAGCGCUACCAUGGUGGCGGUGCUGCUGAACCACGGCGCGCUGGUGAACACUUCCUGUACGUCUCUUGGCUGCACGGCGCUGCAUGAAGCGGCCUGUCGGAACAACGUGGAGAUCUGUGACAUGCUGCUGAAGGCCGGAGCCAAACUCGAGCUCACCAACAUCUACGGCAUCUCAGCGCUGUUCAACGCCGCGCAGAGCGGGCAGCCCGCCACGCUGCGCUUCCUGCUCACACACGGUGCAGACAUUAACAGUCGAGCGGCAGAUGGAGCCACUCCUCUGUAUGAAGCGACUAAAAACAGACACCAAGAAGUCGUGGAGCUGCUGCUCUCUCACAAAGCUGACCCUAACAAACCCGGGAAGACCGGCUUGUUACCGCUUCACAUCGCCGCCCAGACAGGAAAUGACACCAUCGUCUCCAUGUUGGUCCCCGUCACCAGUAAAGCCGCAGUGCGGUGGAGCGGCAUCAGCCCGCUGCACCUGGCCGCCGAGCGUAACCGUGAUGAGGUCCUGGAGGAUCUGAUUGCGGCGGGCUUCGACGUCAACGCCCAGCUGUCCGAAGAGCGCUCAAAGCUCUACGAGGACCGGCGCAGCUCGGUGCUCUACUUCUCCGUCAGCAACAACAACGUGGACGCCGUACGUUCGCUGCUGGCAGCCGGCGCCGACCCCAACCGCGACAUGUUCCGGCCGCUGAUGGUGGCGGCGCGGAUGGGCAGCAUGGAGAUGGUGGAGCUGCUGGUAGAGCACGGCGCCGAUAUCAACGCCCCCGUGCCCACGCACCCCACCACAUUCCCCGCAGUCUACAUGUUCUCCAUGAAGUUCCUGCCCAUGUUCAAGUUCCUGCUGGACCACGGAGGCCACGCCCAGUCCUGCUUCAGCUGCGUCUACGGAGCCUGCACACAUCCUCCAAUCAGAACCAAGCACUCGGACUGGGACCUGGGAUACAGCGACGGUGUGCCGCAGCAGACAGGGGGCGUACAGUUCUGCGAGAUGAUCUCAGCUCCGAGUAUCUGCCGUUGGGCGGGGCCAAUCAUUGACGUCCUGCUGGACUAUGUUGGUCAUGUGACGCUCUGCUCCAGACUGCUGGAACACCUGGACAGCUUCUCCGACUGGAGCGGCAUCAAGGACAAAGCAGCGCCUCCGCGGCCACUGCUGCAACUCUGCCGGGUGCAGGUUCUCCAGCUGGUUGGACGUCGGCGUUUGAAGAAGCUGCCACUGCCCGUAGGUUUGAUCCGCUUCCUGCAGCACCAGGAACGAUGUGUGCACGACUGCUGAGAGAAACCCUGAUGCUUCUACACUUCAUCCAGCUUGCUGAAGGCAGGGCACUCAUUGUUAUUUAUUAUUUUUGAUUGUUUGAUCUGCAGACGUUUUACAAAUGGUGAAAAUAUGACCAGCGAACGUUUCUUUAACCUCAACAACGGUGCAUUUAACACAGCUGUGUGCGCAAGCCAGACAGACCCUUGAGUCUCUGAGCAGGAGUCCACACAUUUAGCAUUCAGAUCUUCUUUAGUUUGGGCCCUGUUGUCUGAAGUUUUAAAGCCAAAAAUUCUGAUGAAUGGCACAUCAGCUGCCGGAGCGUCGACAUGUUUGCUCCCUGUCUCCCAGCAGAUGUGUUAUGUGUUAGGAGUUAGGCCGGUUACACACUGGCUGCAUGGCAUGAGCGUGGCGUUUCUGUUGCGUGUCAGCUGCGUGAAUGUCUUUACACACCAGAAACGUGUCUGACGCGGCGCUGCUGCUGCUAGCCUUGU